AUGCGCGUAAUAGUGAAUGAGGAUCCCAUGGAGGUAGCCAUAAAAAUCACAGCGCAAAAGGGACCAAAUUAUAUACGAAGCAAUCAAAGUUUUCUUUAUCGAAAGAACAAAAAUCAACGAAAAACUCAAGAGAAACUUAGUGCAAUCGUAGAAAAGCUUACAUCUGUACUUCAGUAUCGUUUUCAUAUACCACCUAAAUCAUCAAUUAUUCAACAAUUAUCUAAUCAUUUGGAAAGAAUCUUUUAUCAACAGUACACAACUUCGUUAUCUUAUCUCGAUAUCUAUCGUAUUCGAAAAGAUAUUAAAUUAGUUCAUUCUAUUAAACGGAAACUAAGGAAAGCUCAUUGCAUUCUUCGUAUGAGUGAUAAGAGUGGUGUUUUUCGCAUUGGUCGAACAAUUGAUUAUAAUAAAAAAGUUGAAAAGUAUCAAAAAGACACGGAUGCUUACAUUGAAUUAUCAUCCAAUCCAUUGAUGGAAACGUUUGAGAAAGUAGUUCGUUUAUUAAAUGAUUUACAUACUAAACGACAAAUUACUGCAAGGCAACACAAAAGAAUGAUGCCCGAUAAAAAGAAAAUCAAAUUGGCUUACUUAUAUUUUAUACCAAAACCACACAAAUUGAAAAUUAAUAGAGUUCAAGUGAACUAUAUGGUCGAUAAAUAUAUUGAUGAUAUCUUCUUAACGUCGAAUGAUUCAAUUGAAACACUAAAACAAAUGUUAGAAGAUGCCAACGAGAAACAUCCAAAUAUCGCACUAACCUAUGAAAUUGGUAAUCGUAUUUCUUUUGUUGAUCUACAAAUAAAAAAUCAAGAAGAAAACUUAAUUACACCUGUCCAUCAUAAAGAAGCAGCUGAACCUUAUGUUGUACCAUUCAAAUCUGAUCAUCCACGACAUAUAUUUGAAAACAUUAUCAGAACUAUUCUUCUUCGAGCUGUAAGAUAUUGUUCCACAUUAGAAGAAUUCAAUCAUGAACGUCGGGCGAUUAAGUUAAUGCUACUCUACAACGGGUAA